CGAGCGCAACCAUCUCGUCCGCCCCUCUCCCGCCCCCGCCCACGACCGCCAUGUCCUCCCUCCUCCGCUUCCCGCGCCGCAACCAUCACGACCACCUCAAGGGCGACCACCUCUCCCCGCUGCAGAGCCCCAGUGCGGCGUCCUUCACGGAGAGCGUGCGCGAGCGCCGGCUCUCCGCGCUCUCUUUCAUUAGCGAGAGGUUCGCCCACAAGCCCAGGUUUCGGUGGCCACGCACGUCCGGGCUCUCUGGCGGCAUCGGGCACACGGUCGACUUUCCGCGCACGUACUCGCGCGAGAGCACGCCCUCGCCGACCGGGUCGCUCGAGGACAUCCAGAUACCCGUCGGGCUGGGGAGGCGGGCGAGCGAGUCCGAGCUGCAGCCGCCGGAUACGCCGCAGGCAGAGGAUGGGUUCCUGAUUGUCCCUGGCAACGACCAGCGCAACCGGACGCACAGCGCACCGAGCUCGUCCGUGUCACGAUCGGUCAAGCGCAAGAGCCUGCUCACCGUCGUCUUCUCCUUCGCGACGCGCCGAGACGCGCUCUCACUGACGCGUGUGUCGAGGCGCGUCGACCGGUGCAUCAGCCAGCUCGCCUCGAACCGUACCUUCGCGUCGUACGUCCACCACUUUGCAUGCACCUCGCUGCCCGCGCCCGGCGCCGCGCUCAGCGCGGUCUCAUUUGCGAUCGCGUUCACGAACAUGCAUGCACUCGAGUCGCUCACGAUCCCCGACUACGACGCGUGCUUCCUCACGCACACGAGCUUUCGUCUCAAGCGGCUGCGCAUCAUGUCCGAGUUCACAAGGCCCAAUGACUGGAAAGCGCUCUGGGUCUGGCUCGCAAAACAGCCCGAGCUCAUAUCUCUCUCCUUCCCCCACCUCCUCCAAAAUCCCGCCGAUUGCAGUCUGCCGGAAGCUGCGCCCGCCGAUACCGCACAUCAGGACACCGAUGCUGGCGCAGAUACCCCGUUCGAAGAUACCCUCGCGCCCGCUGCGCCGCGCCUCCCUGCCUACCUACUCCCGCGCCUCGCACACUUCCACGGGCCCGCCUCACUUGCCGCCGCUGUUGUGCCCGGACGCCCGGUGCGCUCCGUGACGCUGCACGUACACACGACGCUGUACGACGGGCUGAAGCCGUCCGCGAUUAUGAGCGCGCUGACGCGCUCGCGCACGGGCGUGGUGCGCAUGGGCGUGUCUGUGUCGCUCACGCAGGUGGACGCGCGCACGCUGGAGCGGGUGUUCAUGUCUGCGGGGGCAGAACUUGGGAGCCAGCUCGAGGUGCUAGCGGUGGAGUGGGUGUUGGACGACGAGGUCCUUUACAGACAGCUCUCCGCAGCGCUCCCGCGUUUCCGCACGCUGCACACCCUCCGCCUGCGCCGGCGCAAGGUCGGGCUCCCGCGCAAGCUCGCCAAAGCGCUCAACGCGUUCCCGUCCCCGCCAGAGUCGCCGCUCGAGCCCGCGCACCCCGCUGCCCCGGACAUGCCCCCGCCGCGCGCGCAAGAGAGGGCGCACCUGGCGAUGUGGGCGAAGCAGUGCACGACGCUGAGGACGGUGCUGUUCUUGUCGGGCGCGGAGUGGAGGACAGGCGGGAAGGGGGCGGUGUAUGCGCUUCCGGGGGAGAGGCCGUAUGUGGGAGGAUUUAGCUUUGUGGGGUUUGUGCUUUUGUGAGACGGGAGGCAUGCGUUGGGGCCGGGUGGACAGACCGUGUGGUGAUACUGGGUGUGUCUCGACGUGGACGGUGGAGCGUGCGUCGGGACGACACGAGAUGCUCUACCUCUGACUCUAGGAUACCGAUGUAUGUAAUGCUCACUAUCCUAUCAAUACCACAGUUGGCGGUCUCUACGUAAGUAAUCCUCUCCGAGUGCACAGAUCUAGAGAGCAACCCCUGAAUAUAGCGAGUGACAGGUGUAAUGCAUGGUACCUCGAGGGUCUUUUGACGGGACAUGACUCGCGUUCGCUGCAGCAAUCGACUUCACAUUUCGAUCACAGUAGC